CCCGCCGCAACGAUGCUGGAAGAGCCGGAGUGCGGGGCGCCGGGCCCCGGGACAGCGGCCACAGCCAUGGAUUGCAAAGACAGACCAACUUUUCCAGUUAAGAAGUUAAUACAAGCCCGCCUGCCAUUCAAACGCCUGAAUCUUGUGCCCAAGGAGAAAGCCGAGGAUGAGCCUGAUGACCUAAGACACCCUCAGAGCAUUUCUGUGGAUGGCAAAGUCCCCCAUCUGGAACGCUCCUUGGUUAACUUGGAGAGCGACUGUCAUGUGGUUUCUGACCUAGACUUCAGACCCAAACUGGUCAAUGGGAAGGGUCCUUUAGAUAACUUCUUAAGAAAUAGAAUCAAAACCAGCAUUGCCCAGAAUGUGGUCAUCAUCGAUCUGACAGAGGAUUCAAAUGACCCGACAGACAAUGCCAUGGAUCACAGUAAACUCCCUCCAGAAGCCUCCUUCCCCAAGGAGGCUGUUAAUGGGAUCAGAGAAGGCAGAGAUGAGCAGAGGCCAUCAGAGGUAAACGCGCUUCAUGAGGAGGCAGUGUUUCCUGAAAAGCCCCUUUCAGACAGUCCUUGUAAAAUAAAGGAGCCUGCUAGACCAGGAGGCCUAGAGGGAAAGGGCAACUCCCAGGAAGUCUUACUACAGAGCUCAACCAAGCUGACAGAGGAUCUGCCACCAUGCCCUCCGCAGGAGUCAGACGGCUGGAGUGAGGCCAAGGGCAUCCUGUUCAAGGGGAAGAUGCCCCUGGUGAUCUUACAGGACAUCUUGGCUUUGAAACCUCCUCCAUCCACAUCUCCUCCCACUACCCCCCUGGAUAAGAGCAGAAUCUCAGAGAGUGAUGUGUUGGAAUCCUGCCCUGAAGAAGACUCUGUCCUCAGUCACUCAUCCCUGAGCUCGUCCUCUCCCACCAGCUCUCCCGAGGGCCCGGUUGCUCCUGAGAAACAACAUGGCAUCAGAACCAGUCCUUCCACACCGUCCACCUGUAGAAUAACCAAGAAAUUCGUCAAGGGCUCUACAGAGAAGAACAAGAUGAGACUACAAAGAGAUAAAGAGCAGUUGAAGGAAGAGAAGGAAAAGCUGAAGGAAGAGGCCCGUCGGGCCAAGGAAGAAGCCAAGAAGAAGAAGGAAGAAGAAAAAGAGCUGAAAGAAAAGGAACGGCGCGAGAAACGGGAGAAGGACGAGAAGGAGAAAGCAGAAAAGCAGCGGAUCAAGGAAGAGAGGCGCAAAGAGAGACAGGAAGCUCUGGAGGCUAAGCUUGAGGAGAAGAGGAAAAAAGAGGAGGAGAAACGGUUACGAGAAGAAGAAAAGCGCAUCAAGGCUGAGAAGGCUGAAAUCACCAGAUUCUUCCAGAAACCAAAGACUCCGCAGGCCCCCAAGACCCUGGCCGGCUACUGUGGGAAGUUUGCCCCCUUUGAGAUUAAAGAGCACAUGAUCCUUGCCCCUCGGUGCCGGGCAGCCUUCGACCCGGACCUCUGCGAUCGGUUAGACCAGCUCCUCCAGCAGCAGAGCGGAGACUUCUCCUUCCUGAAAGAGCUGAAAGGCCGCCAGCCCCUCAGGUCGGGACCAACUCGAGCCCACAGCCACAACGAGGACUCUGACUCGUUCAGCAGUGAUGUCAUGAUCGUGGAGAGCAGCAAAGUCGAUGGUGUGCCUGAGCGAAGCAAGUUUGGCCGAAUGAAGCUCCUGCAGUUCUCUGAGAACCACCGGCCAGCGUACUGGGGCACAUGGAAUAAGAAGACAGCAGUGAUUCGGCCACGGGAUCCCUGGGCUCAAGACAAGAAGCUCCUGGACUAUGAGGUGGACAGUGACGAUGAGUGGGAGGAGGAGGAGCCCGGGGAGUCCCUGUCCCACAGCGAAGGGGAUGAUGACGAUGAAGUGGGCGAAGAUGAAGAUGAGGAUGAUGGCUUUUUUGUGCCCCACGGAUACCUGUCUGAAGACGAGGGUGUGACUGAGGAGUGUGCCGACCCGGAGAACCACAAGGUGCGGCAGAAGCUGAAGGCCAAGGAGUGGGACGAGUACCUGGCCAAGGGCAAGCGGUUCCGUGUCCUGCAGCCCGUCAAGGUGGGCUGCGUGUGGGCCACUGACAGCGCUUGCGCGAGCGCUGAGCUGAAGCUGCUGCAACAAUUCACGGUGUGCCUGCUGGACACCGCGCCCCCCGAGGAAGAGCGGACGCCCCAGGCUUCCAAGCGAGAGAAGAGAGACCAGCAGAUCCUGGCCCAGCUGCUCCCGCUGCUGCACGGCAACGUAAACGGGAGCAAAGUGAUCAUCCGGGAGUUCCAGGAGCACUGCCGCCGCGGCCUGCUGAGUCCCGGGAGCGCCCCCAGUCCCCCCAGCCCCACCUCCUCCCGCCCUCCGAGCCCCAGCUCCACCGAGGAGGCCGCCGCUGUGCCCUCCAAAGCCCGGCUCAAGCGGCUCAUCUCCGAGAACUCGGUGUACGAGAAGAGGCCGGACUUCAGGAUGUGCUGGUACGUCCACGCACAGGUGCUGAAGAGCUUCGACCAGGAGCACCUGCCCGUGCCCUGUCAGUGGAGCUACGUCACCAUGGAGCCUGCGGCGUCCCGGGAGGACACUGGCAGCGUCCCGGGCCCGCCCGUGACGCUGAAGCGGAAGUCCGCGGGCAGCAUGUGCAUCACGCAGUUCAUGAAGAAGCGCAGGCAUGAUGGCCAGGCAGGAGCUGGGGACAUGGAUGGGUUCCAGGCAGACACGGAGGAGGAGGAGGAAGAGGACAGCGACUGCAUGAUAGUGGACAUCCCCGAUGUUGAAGCCCAGCAGCCGUGCAGAGUCACUUCUGGAGCUGAGGGCACCGUGGGGCUGGGCACUGGUGAGAGCCUGCUGCCCGCAAACCCGCUCGGCGCCUCCUGAGGGCCCAGCACCGUUGGGUGCCCCCACCGCUGACCGGAUACUUGAACUUUCUACUUGGACUCCUGUAAAGAGCACUUUGUCCUGCUUCGCUGGCCUCACCGAGGCCUGGAGAGUUUUUAUAUAGGAUGCUUGAUUCCUUUCCUUUAGACACGUGUAAAAAUUUCCCAGAAAAGCUGCAUAUAAUCUGUCCUUUAAUAAAGCAUUAUUGCAAGGUGGUGACUCCUCCCGGCCGCCUGCUGCCCCCCCACCCCUAGGUGCUGGGGUCAAACGCCUGUAAAUGAAUUGAAGCAACAGGGAUGCUGGGGCCUGGAGGCCAGUGCCUGGACUGAUAUGGAAGUGUAUAAAC